CCAUUGCAAUGUAUCGAUUAUCUUCUAAAUUAGCUUCCUCCGUCGUUACUUCCACUUCAAAGAACCUUGUACGUAGUGGGGUAUUGUCAAGCAGAAGUUAUGUAAGCAAAGAUAUAAACUUUGGGGUUGGGGCUCGAGCCCCUAUACUGCAAGGGGUCUCUGAAGUUGCCGACGCUGUCAAAGUUACCAUGGGACCCAAGGGUCGCAAUGUGAUAAUUGAGAAAAGUCAUGGGAAUCCUAGGGUGACGAAGGAUGGUGUGACUGUAGCCAAGAGUAUCAAAUUUAAAGACAAAGCCAAAAAUGUUGGUGCAGAUCUGGUCAAGCAGGUGGCCAAGGCUACCAACACUGCUGCUGGAGAUGGUACAACUUGUGCAACUGUUUUGACUCAGGCAAUACUCAUAGAAGGAUGCAAAUCAAUUGCUGCUGGUGUAAAUGUCAUGGAUUUGCGUAAUGGGAUAAAUAAGGCAGUUGAUGCUGUAAUUACUGACUUGAAAAGCAGUGCAUUAAUGAUAAGUACACCAGAAGAGAUAACCCAGGUUGGAACUAUAUCUGCAAAUGGGGAGCGUGAUAUUGGAGAAUUGAUAGCAAGGGCAAUGGAGAAAGUUGGGAAGGAAGGAAUCAUUACUGUUGCUGAUGGGAACACUUUGGAUAAUGAGUUGGAAGUGGUAGAAGGAAUGAAGUUAAACAGAGGCUACAUAUCUCCUUAUUUUAUUACUGAUCAGAAGACCCGGAAAUGUGAAUUGGAGAACCCCUUUAUCCUCAUCCAUGACAAGAAAAUUUCUGACAUGAAUUCACUGUUGAAAAUAUUGGAGCUGGCAGUAACGAAAAAAAGACCGCUCCUAGUUGUUGCGGAAGAUGUCGAGAGUGACGCAUUGGCUAUGCUCAUACUCAACAAGCAUCAAGCUGGGCUUAAGGUUUGUGCUAUAAAAGCUCCUGGUUUUGGUGAUAGUAGAAGAGCAAAUCUAGAUGAUCUUGCAAUUCUUACUGGAGGAGAGGUCAUCACAGAAGAUCGAGGUUUGACUCUUGACAAAGUCCAACCAGAAAUGCUUGGCAGUGCAAAAAAGGUUACUGUCUCUGUUGAUGACACUAUCAUUCUCCAUGGUGGUGGGGAUAAGAUGCUCAUUGAAGAGAGAUGUGAACAGCUGAGGACAGCUAUGGAAAAGAGUUCUGCCACGUUUGAUAAAGAAAAAGCACAGGAACGCCUAUCAAAACUAUCUGGUGGUGUAGCUGUUUUCAAAGUUGGGGGGGCUAGUGAGGUGGAAGUUGGGGAAAGGAAAGAUAGGGUGACAGAUGCUUUAAAUGCUACUAGGGCAGCUGUGGAGGAGGGAAUUGUUCCAGGUGGUGGAGUUGCUCUCUUAUAUGCUUCCAAAGUCUUGGAGAACCUUCAAGUUCAAAAUGAGGAUGAGAAAAGAGGAGUACAGAUUAUUCAGAAUGCACUCAAGGCACCUACGGUUACAAUAGCUUCAAAUGCUGGUUUUGAUGGUGCUGUGGUUCACAGCAAAUUGUUGGAACAAGAUGAUCACAAUUUGGGUUUUGAUGCUGCUAAAGGUGCCUAUGUUGAUAUGGUAAAGGCUGGAAUUAUAGAUCCUGUUAAAGUUGUUAGAACAGCUUUGGUAGAUGCUGCCAGUGUCUCAUUGCUACUAACGACAACCGAGGCAGCUGUGCUGGAGAAUCCAAAUGACAAAAAUAAACCUCCCAGCAGGGUACCAGAUAUGGAUGAUUUGGAUUACUAACCUGUUUCCCCAAAUGACGAAGCAGUUUUGUGUAUCAAUAUUGGAGUCCUGCUGCUAAUUCCUUUUAAGGAAAUAUCUGAGUAUAAACUUUGGGGUCAUUGUCUUGUAUUUUAUGGAGUGAGGUUGAAAUUAUGCAACCUACGAUUUACAAUGUGUUGGGAAAAAUCAUGUCUGAUUCGAGUUAUCCUCAGCACCAGGAUAAGCUGAAAAUUUGUCUCAUUCUUUAGGUGUCAUUCACCUAGUUUAUGCUCCAAAAUUUUUGUAAUAUGUGCAAAUUAUAAGACUCGUGUUUUGCCCCAGUUUUUUUCAGAUUGUAAUGCU